AUGGCGCCGUCCCUGCGGGCGGACGAGCCGCGCCUGGAUGCGCGCAGGGACAGGAAGACGAGGAAGCCGCUGGUGGAGAGGCGGCGGCGGGCGCGCAUUAACGAGAGCCUGCGGGAGCUGCGGCUGCUGCUGGCGGACGGCGAGCGGCUGCGGCGCGAGGCCAGCGAGCGCUUCGCCGCCGGCUACAUCCAGUGCAUGCACGAGGUGCACACCUUCGUGUCGGCCUGCCCCGCCAUCGAGGGCGCCACGGCGGCCGCGCUGCUCAACCACCUGCUCGAGGCCAUGCCGCUCCACGAGGGCGCGCUCCGGGAGCUGCUGGCCGAGAUGUGGCACCGCAUGUUCAGAGUAAAGCCCGUGCCACCACCACACGAGCCGGCGGUGACGCGCGCCUAA